AUGACAGAAGGUGUUGAAGAAUUUGUCAUAAACCAAGCCAUUGGUGACGAGGAGGUAGAUCCCGAGGAGGGAAUGUGCUUCGGCACAUUAGAAGAUGCGCGUGCAUAUUAUUACCGAUAUGCGGCUAGGACUGAAUUUGUCGUCAAAAUAAGAACCACCGGCUGGGAGACCAUAAACGAUCAGAGGGUGGUUGUUAAUCAAGCUUUGCAUUGUAACAGAGAUGGAUACCGCACAUCCCGUGUAAAGGCACUCCAGAGAAGGAAAACAGUGGCCUCAACAAACUGCAAAGCCCGUUGCUAUUUGGCAUUAGAUAAAAUGACAGGGCAAUGGAGAAUUUCUCGAGUAGAGGUAUCCCACUCACACCCGCUUAAUCCGAAGCUAUCUGGAAUGUUCUCAGCAAACCGUCAGCUAAAUGUGGACGAAAACCAUAGCAUUAGAAAUGUGUUUUGGGCCGAUGCUCGGUGUAGAGCUGCAUGGGAAUAUUUUGGUGAUGUCGUGACGUUUGACACUACUUACAAGACUAAUAGGUACGACAUGCCGUUUGGGUCUUUCGUAGGUGUCAACCACCAUGGGAUAUCUACGCUUCUUGGGUGCGCAUUAUUGCGGAAUGAGGACACUCGUACAUUCGAAUGGCUUUUUCGUACUUGGUUGAAGUGUAUGGGUAAGGCCCCUAUAUGUGUUAUAACAGACCAAUCGCUGCAGAUGCGUUCUGCAGAGACCACAUUACCACACACACGCCAUAGAUGGUGCAUAUGGCAUAUCCUAAACAAGAUACCAAACAAGCUGGUAGGUUACCGUCAUUUCGAUCAGCUCAUCACAUGCAUGAAGAGGAUUGUGUUUGAAUCCAAAUCUAAGGACUCAUUUGAGAGAGAUUGGCACGAUUUUAUUGAAGAGUAUGACCUCCACAAUUCUAGGUGGCUAAAUGGUAGUAUAAUCUUCUGGUUCCUUGCUGCCUCUGUGUGGCUACUUUAUAGAUGUUAUUUUAUAGUCAUUAUGGAUGUUGCACUUAGAGUAUUUUUCAAGGACGAAUUCUGGGCUGGCAUGAGGAGCACACAGCGUAGUGAGAGCAUGCAUUCAGUUUUUGAUAAGUACUUAAACAGUAAGAGCUCUUUGUUGCAAUUUGUUCGCCAAUACCAAAACUGUGUUAUAGACAAGGAGCAAAAGGAGCUUGAGUGUGACGCUGCUGAUUUAAGGGGUAUUAUCCCUUGUGUUUCCAGCUCACCAAUAGAGAAGCAGUUCCAGAGAGAAUAUACAAACUCCAUGUUUCGAGACUGUACAGCAGAUACCAAGUCGUGUAUUGCUCGCAAUCAUCAGACGUUCAAUGUGAUUGCUUUAUGUUCCAAUCGAAUGGAUUUUGUGGCUACUCCAGAGGUUGCUGCUAUAUUGCGUGAUGCCAUGGACAGUGCUCGGGAGAAGCUCAGAGAACACAAGGAAUUCGAGCAUCAAGCUGCACAUAGACCUAAUGGUAAUGCACAACCAUCUCCUACAAAUGUGGCAACUUCCUACAAAGAUACGCAACCAGCUUGUUCAGAAAUGACAGACAAUUUGGCUAUGCACUCUGGCUCCUUCAUAUCACUAUUGAAUUCAUUCCAUAACGCUGAACAAUUGUGUAUGUGUACCUAG